AUGCCGACAACAGAGGAGCAGAUCCUGUUCUUGUAUCUCAUCCUCACCCACGACGGUCCUCCUGUCAUCGACUGGGACCCCGUCUGCGCCGCCCUCAACCUCGAGAAGGGAACCGCGCAGAAGCGCUGGUCGCGCCUCAAACAGUCCAUCGACAAGGGCGAGGCGCCGCUCGCGACGAACCUGUCGUUCGUCAUGCUCCUCGUGCAACACGCAGGCGAGAAGACACACGACUGGGCCGCCAUCGCCAAAGCGUGUGGCAGCACCAAGGGCGCGGUCGCGAAGCGCUGGUCCCGCCUUAAGGCGUCGUUUAAGCGCGACGCCGCGUCCUCCACGCCUGGCACUGCGCCCGGGGAUACGCGUUCUGAGUCGCCUCCCGCCACGCCCAAGGCCAAGGUGAAGAAGACGCCCGCUACGCCCCGCAAGACGCCCGCCACGCCCCGCAAGGCACCUGCGAAGGCCGCGCAGCGCGCGCUUUCCGCUACGCCCAAGCGUAAGCGCACCGCUAUGCCUGCUGCCGACGACGACGACGACGACGACGACGACGACGACGGCGAGGUCCCGGUCAAGCGCACUAAGUCUCCCAGGAAGAAGCCCGUGCCUACCCAUGGGUUCCGAACCGGCUACUCCAAGGACGUCGCUAAGACCGAGCCUGUGGUCAAGACGGAGCCUGCUGGCGACGAGGAUGCUGUGUUCGGCUCCGAGAACGAAUUCGCUACUUCUGAUGAGUUCGACAGGAAUGAGGAGUAUGCCGGCGAAGUGUGA